GCCACCCGGCCGCCCCUCCGGCUGCGCCACCGCCUUGGGCAUGAAGCCCCGAGCCUGAAGAUGGAGGUGACCUGCCUUCUGCUCCUGGCACUGCUGCCGGGGCACGGACGGGGCCAAGGAGUCUACGCUCCGGCCCAGGCCCAGAUUGUCCACGCCGGCCAGGCGUGUGUGGUCAAAGAGGACAACAUCAGCGAGCGUGUCUACACCAUCCGCGAGGGGGACACCCUGGUCCUUCAGUGCCUGGUCACGGGACACCCCCGGCCCCAGGUGCGGUGGACCAAGACAGCGGGCAGUGCUUCGGACAAGUUCCAGGAGACGUCGGUGUUCAACGAGACCCUGCGCAUCGAGCGCGUGGCCCGCACCCAGGGCGGCCGUUACUACUGCAAAGCCGAGAACGGGGUCGGGGUCCCCGCCAUCAAGUCCAUCCGAGUAGAUGUGCAGUACCUGGACGAGCCGGUGCUGACGGUGCACCAGACGGUGAGCGAUGUGCGGGGCAGCUUCUACCAGGAGAAGACGGUCUUCCUCCGCUGCACCGUCAACUCCAACCCCCCAGCUCGCUUCAUCUGGAAACGGGGGGCCGAGACCCUCUCCCACAGCCAGGAUAACGGCGUCGACAUCUACGAGCCCCUCUACACCCAGGGGGAGACCAAGGUGCUGAAGCUGAAGAACCUGCGGCCCCAGGACUACGCCAGCUACACCUGCCAGGUGUCUGUGCGCAAGGUCUGCGGCAUCCCCGACCGCGCCAGCACCUUCCGCCUCACCAACACCACCGCGCCGCCCGCCCUGAAGCUGUCAGUGAACGAGACCCUGGUGGUCAACCCCGGGGACAACGUGACGAUCGUCUGCUCUCUGACGGCGGGCGACCCCGUGCCCCAGCUGAUCUGGUCCCACGCCCCGGGCCCAAUGCCUCCCAGCAUCCUGCACCAGGGCGGGACGCUGAGCAUCCCCGGGGCGCGGCCCGGAGACUCCGGCUACUACAACUGCACCGCCAUCAACAACGUGGGCAACCCCGCCAAGAAGACCGUCAACCUGCUGGUGCGAUCCCUGAGGAACGCCACCUUCCAGAUCACCCCGGACGUGAUCAAGGAGAGCGAGAGCAUCCAGCUGGGCCAGGACUUGAAGCUGUCGUGCCACGUGGACGCGGUGCCCCAGGAGCGGGUGUCCUACCAGUGGUUCAAGAACGGGAAGGCGGCCCGGGUGACGGACCGUCUGCUGGUCACCCGCAAUGACCCCGAGCUGCCGCCCGUCACCAGCAGCCUCGAGAUCAUCGACCUGCGCUUCAGUGACUAUGGCACCUAUCUGUGCGUGGCCUCCUUCCAAGGCGCGCCCGUGCCCGACCUCAGCGUGGAGGUCAACAUCUCCUCCGAGACAGUGCCCCCGACCAUCAGCGUGCCCAAGGGCCUGGCGGUGGUGACGGUGCGCGAGGGUUCUCGGGCGGAGCUCCAGUGCGAGGUGAGGGGCAAGCCCCGGCCGCCGGUGCUGUGGUCUCGAACCGACAAGGAGGCCGCCCUGCCCUCCGGGGCCGCCGUGGUGGAGACCCCCGACGGGAAGCUGCGGCUGGACAGCGUCAGCAGAGACAUGAGCGGCACCUACCGAUGCCAGACCGCUCGCUACAACGGCUUCAACAUCCGGCCUCGAGAAGCCCAGGUCCAGCUCAAUGUGCAGUUCCCCCCGGUGGUGGAGCCGAGCUCCCAGGACGUGCGGCAGGGCCUGGGCCGGCCCGUGGCGCUGCGCUGCUCCCUGCUCCAGGGCAGCCCCCUGCGCCUGGCCUCCGCCGUAUGGCGCUUCAACGGGAGGCUGCUGGCCCGGCCUCCACCCGAGGCCCAGGACUUCUCCGAGCUCAGGCUGGACGCCGUCACCCGCGACAGCAGCGGCAGCUACGAGUGCAGCAUCUCCAACGACGUGGGCAUGGCCGCCUGCCUCUUCCAGGUCUCCGCUAAAGCCUACAGUCCGGAGUUUUACUACGACACCCCCAACCCCACCCGUAGCCAAAAGCUCUCCAAAAACUACUCGUACGUGCUGCAGUGGACGCAGAAGGAGCCCGAUGCCGUGGACCCCAUCUUGAGCUACCGGCUGGACGUCAGGCAGCUGAACCUGCGGAGCACGGUGACGCGGCCCAUCCCGGUGCGGCGGGUGGAGAAGGGGCUGCUGCUGGAGUACGUGCUGGCCGGCCUCAAGGUGCCCCACAGCUACGAAGUGCGGCUCACCCCCAUCACCAGCUUCGGGGCCGGGGACGGGGCCGCCCGCAUCAUCCGCUACCUGGAGCCAAUCAACUCUCCGAACCUGUCAGACAACACCUGUCACUUCGAGGACGACAAGAUCUGCGGCUACACCCAGGACCGGGGGGACAACUUCGACUGGACGCGGCAGAACGCUCUGACCCAGAACCCCAAACGCUCCCCCAACACGGGGCCCCCCACGGAUAUCAGCGGCACCCCGGAAGGCUACUAUAUGUUCAUCGAGGCCUCACGGCCACGGGAGCUGGGAGACCGGGCCCGCCUGGUCAGCCCCGUCUACAACGUGAGCGCCAGAUUCUACUGCGUCUCCUUCUUCUACCACAUGUACGGCAAGCACAUUGGCUCGCUCAACCUGCUGGUCCGUUCGCGGAACAAGGGCCCCUUGGAGACCCACGCCUGGUCGCUCAGCGGAAACAAGGGCAACUCCUGGCAGCAGGCCCACGUGUCCAUCAGCCCCAAUGGCCCCUUCCAGAUUAUCUUUGAGGGGGUGCGCGGCUCCGGGUACCUGGGAGAUAUCGCCAUUGACGACGUCACCCUGAAGAAGGGCGACUGUCCCAGGAAGCAGAUUGACCCAAACAAAGGGGUGGUCUCGCCCAGCAGGGCCGGGUCCUGCCCACCCGGUCCCCGGUUGGGCAGCCUGCUGGCCGUCGUCCUCUGCUCGUUGCUGAGAUGACCGCCGCCGCCGCCCGUCCCGGCUCCCGCCCCCCCGCCGCCGCCUGGCACACCAAAGUGUCCGCAUCGUACCAAAGACUGAGCCGAGGCCCGCGGGCCCGGGCGGCCGGCCAGGGGCGGGGGCGGGGUGGCCGGAGCUCGGGGUGGCCGGGGAAGGGGCCCACUGGUGGCCGGACCGAAGAGGAGGACGACGACAAGGAGGAAGAAGAAGGUGGUCAGGCCUUGCAGGAUCAGCGGCUGGCCGGAGACGUUGUCUCACAUACAUGCACAUGCAUACACACACGCACGCACACACAAACACACACACACACACACACACACACACACACAACCGUCUAUUAAAGCACAAGUUUCUAUCCGAA